AUGUCGUAUCUAUGCCAGGAUUGUAGCAAAUUUUUCAGACAUUGGGGCAAGCUCCAGCGAAUUGGAUUCAAAAGCGACCUGAACUCUUCGCGAGAUGUUGCGGAUAUCUUCGUCCAUGGCAAGGAAGGAUGUGAGCUCUGCUCCAUCAUACGAGCCUAUAUUCCCGAUGAAGUCAAGUCCAUGUGGAGUAGAACUAGAUCUCUACAACCAUUCAGACUUUCUGUCGAUAUGAAAGGAAUGGAAGUCGGAGGAGCGAAAUUGCACGUGAUCAAACUUGAAUUUGGCGUAGGCUUGGUGGAAAUUUGUGCAGUGCCAGUACUACAUCAGCUAUCAAUAAUCAAACGAAGCGAGGUCUCAUCCAGGAACGAUUCAGAACACUCUCUCGGCCAGGCACAUUCAUGGAUUACCGCAUGUAUCAAUGGCCAUAAAUGCCAGGACAUGUCGAUUAAAGCUUUUCCAAAACGCUACGUGCCCACCCGCCUCGUUUGCGUCCGAGACUCGAAUGACCCUUAUCUUUGCUUGGCAAAUGAAUUGCCCCGCGAAGUCCAGUAUGUGACACUCAGUCAUUGUUGGGGUACCGCGGCGCAAUUUACUCUUACUAAGGUUAAUUUGAAGACUCUACGAAAACGCAUACCACUGAAACUCCUUUCCAAAACUUUUAAACAGGCUUGCUUCCUCGCCCGACGAUUUGGAUUCGAUUACCUGUGGAUUGACUCUCUUUGUAUAAUACAAGAUGAUGAUUAUGAUUGGCAAAUUGAGUCUUCGACGAUGGCAAGCGUUUAUGGAUGCUCGAGUUUGAAUAUAGCAGCAUCUUAUGCCCGCGAUGGUACAGUCGGCUGCUUCGUUGAACGAAACCCGGAAGAUGUGGUGCCAUGCCAGGUUUCAAUCGGUGAACAAGGCCACCAACAGCAAAUUGUGUGUAUACCAGCUGAAUUCUACCGCCGAGGACUUCUUGGAACGUCACUUGGACAAAGAGCAUGGGCAUUUCAAGAACGAAUCUUAGCUCCUAGGACUCUUUACUUCAGCGAGUUUCAGAUUUUUUGGGGUUGUCAACAACUUGAAGCUUGCGAAAGCUUCCCGAACAGCAUUCCACCGGCUGUUCGUAUGGACAUCAAUUUUCGACCCCAUGAUAGUGGGAAUGCUAACAAUCCCACGAUGCAUGAUGUCUUGACGAAUAGUCCCGGAAUCUGGUCUGACACGGUUUUAUCAUACUCUAACGGACUUCUCACUCGCCAAGAAGACAAACUGGUGGCAAUUUCAGGUGUAGCACGACUGAUGCAACAGGUCAAUAAAAGUGAGUAUCUCGCAGGGUUGUGGAGAGAGAAUGUGGAAUGGCAGCUGCUUUGGAGCGCCAAUUCUGAGCCGAGAGAGUGGCAAGCUACAUCGAAAACCAAAAUGAUAAACAGACCUUACAGAGCGCCAUCUUGGUCGUGGGCUUCUACAGAUGGAGUGAUCCGGCAGCUGUUUCCUGACCCGACUCCGAAUGGCACAAAAGGGUACCAACUCUGUAUCCAGGUAUCCGAAGCACAUGUCCAGCCAAUGAAUUAUAGUGACAAGUUGGGAGGGACAGUCGAUGGUUGGAUGAAGAUACUCUCUUGUGGCUUGCGCAGAGUAUGGAGGAAUAGGUUGACGACCUGGAAAAACACUAUCAUCGUCGAGAAAAGUGACCUCUCCGAUAACGAGGAUAGAUCUGACUUUGAACUUGAGGCUGUAUGGGACCGACCAGAAAGCUUAGAAGAAGGUAAAGAUCUCUUUUACCUUCCUGUCUGGCUCAACAAAACUCCAUAUGAUCAAGACAAGAACAUUCGUCGAGCUGGCGGUUUGAUCCUCUCUGAAUUUAGCACCGAAAGACGAUUCGGAAACACCCAGCCGACAACAUGGUAUAGGAGAGUGGGACGUGCUACUUUGGAGCACAAAUUCCAUGUCUCUAGCAUGAUAGUUGAAACGUCGCCCAAGAAAUUUGCUUUCCUACAGGCGCAUUACAACUGCCCUCACAAAACAAGAGACGAGACCAUAUUUCUAGUCUAA